UCGUGACCGUGAGUAAGGAAGACUACAUGUCGGUUCAAAGAAACAAACUACUACGCGUAAUGGGUGGCAAUUUCUCUCUUGCGUCAACAAUGAUAAUGGCAAUGGUGUUGAUCCUCUCAGCUGGCAUCACACUUGAAACCAUUAAGCCUGUGGGUGCUCUUCCACUCUCCACAAGUGGGCGGUGGAUUGUGAAUGAAGGUGGCGGCGGCGGCGGAGAGAGGGUGAAGCUAGCGUGUGUGAACUGGGUGUCCCAUUUGGAUGCUAUGGUUGUUGAGGGCUUGAGCCAACAACCAGUGGAUGUGAUUUCAAAGGGAAUUAAAAGCAAGGGGUUUAACUGUGUGAGACUCACUUGGUCACUCUCCUUGCUCACAAAUGAUUCUCUUACAGUCAGAGAAUCAUUCCAGAAUCUUGGCCUUCUUCAAUCCAUCUCUGGCAUGCAGGCCAACAACCCCUCCUUCAUCGAUCUUCCCCUCAUUAAAGCUUUACAGGCUGUGGUGAAGAGUCUUGGAGACAACGACGUGAUGGUGAUUUUGGACAAUCACAUAACCCAGGCAAUGUGGUGCUGUAGUAACACGGACGGUAAUGGGUUUUUUGGAGACCAGCAUUUUGACCCAAACCUAUGGAUCAUGGGUCUUACCAAGAUGGCAACCCUUUUCAAUGGAGUCACCAAUGUUGUAGGCAUGAGCUUGAGAAACGAGCUGCGUGGACCCAAACAAAAUGUCCCUGAUUGGUACAGGUAUAUGUCAAAAGGAGCAGAAGUUGUACAUGCAGCAAACCCAAAUGUACUGGUCAUUCUAUCUGGCCUGAAUUUUGACACAGACUUAUCCUUCCUCGAUAAACAGCCAGUGCAACUCACCUUCAAUAAGAAACUAGUAUUCGAGGCGCACUGGUAUAGCUUCAGCAACACUCAAGCAUGGACAACAGGGGAUCCAAACCAAGCAUGCGGGCAAGUCACUCGGAACAUGAUGAGAAUGUCAGGGUUCUUGUUGCAACAAGGAUGGCCAUUGUUCUUGAGUGAGUUUGGGGUGGACAUGAGAGGCACCAAUGUGAACGACAAUAGGUUCCUCAAUUGCUUCAUGGCAUUAGCGGCUGAGCUUGAUUUUGAUUGGGCUCUGUGGACAUUGGCUGGAAGUUACUAUACUGCACGUGGGAUAGUUGGAAUGGAGGAGUUUUAUGGUUUGCUCAAUGGGGACUGGAGCCAGGUUAGGAGUGAAAGCUUCUUGCAGAGGAUAUCUGCUGUUCAACUUCCUUUUCAAGGGCCAUCAGAAGCUAAACCAUAUAAAGUGAUUUUCCACCCAUUGUCAGGCCUUUGCGUCUUAAAAAAUGCACAGGACUUGCUGAUCUUAGGAUCUUGUUCGAAUUCUGAUAUCUGGGAAUACACAGAACAAAAAAUCCUAUCAAUGAAGGGUACAGAUUUCUGUUUACAAGCUGCAGACGGAGAAGGAAAGCAAGUAAAACUUGGGAAAGAAUGGUCAACUCCUAACUCAGCAUGGGAAAUGAUCUCUGAUUCAAAUAUGCAACUCUCAUCUAAACUCAACAAUGGUACCUCUAGUGUUUGUCUGGAUGUAGACGCUGACAACGCCAUUGUCACAAAUGCUUGCAAAUGCUUGAACAAUGAUAAAACAUGUGACCCUGCAAGUCAAUGGUUUAAACUUGUAGACAGCACAAGGAAGUUAACCUAAAAUGUUAUCUAUGUUACAUAUGUUUACUACAAAUUAAAUUAAAGUGAAAAUAAAAUUACAGAAACUACUGAGCUAGCUUUGUAUUUGUCUCUCUAGCUACCUUGCAGUCUUUAGGCAGAACCAUGAUUAAUUAAGUAAGCAUCUCCGUUUAAGAUAUUUAACAUAUAUUACAACGAACAUCUAACAAUAUAUAAAUGAGGAAGGGAAGGUGCUGAGCUGUUUUUCCAAAUCUAUGGGACACAAAUGGGUAUUUGAAGCUGAGGAGCUAGUAAUCCUAAAUGCUCUUCAAUUUUGCAAUGAAUUUUCAAGAUGCAAAAUAUUGAGAUAGAGAUUGAUUCUUCUAUCCCAGUGGGAUCGGUGCGUGAUGCCAAGAAUAGGUAGAACAUUGAUUUCUUUUUCUUUUAGAAUAAAGUUCUAAAUUCUAUUGUUUGUUGUUUUGUAAAAUUUGAAUAAUAUUCUUUAUUAUAUUGUGCUUCAAAGUCUUCAUGAAUCCAAUUCUUAUCUAUUUGCAAAGUUUCUCCACUUGUUAGCGUGUUUAAACUUGUGAAAAUUGUUGGAG